AUCAGUCUGCGACAAGGGCACGGUUGCUCUGUUCAGGAAGUGGUUCCGCUGUUGCCGCGGCAAUGAGCUGCACCCGGGCGGCGGCGGCUUGCUGUCUGUGGCAGCUGCGCACGGGCGCCCCGAGGUCCCUCUCAGCUUAUGGAAGAAGCAGCAGUGUCAGAUUUUGCAGUUCGGGAGUGACCUUAGACAGUAUCAGUCGGGCAGCUGUGGAUCGAAUAAUCCGGGUGGAUCAUGCAGGUGAAUAUGGAGCGAACCGCAUCUACGCAGGGCAGAUGGCCAUCCUGGGUCGGACGAGCGUCGGGCCGGUCAUUCAGAAAAUGUGGGAUCAAGAAAAGGACCAUUUGAAAAAGUUCAAUGAGUUGAUGGUUGCAUUCAGGGUGCGGCCAACCAUUCUGAUGCCCUUUUGGAAUGUGCUGGGCUUUGCACUGGGUGCGGGAACUGCCCUGCUUGGGAAGGAGGGCGCAAUGGCCUGCACAGUUGCUGUGGAAGAGUCCAUAGCACACCACUACAACAACCAGAUCAGGAUGCUGAUGGAGAAGGAGCCUGAAAAGUAUGAAGAGCUUCUUCAGGUGAUAAGGAAAUUUCGGGAUGAAGAGCUUGAGCACCAUGACAUAGGCCUCGAACACGACGCAGAACUGGCUCCAGCGUACGCUGUUCUGAAGAGCGUUAUCCAGGCUGGAUGCAGCGUGGCAAUAUAUUUAUCAGAAAGACUGUAAACCUUCAAGCCAGCAGAGCAUGUGGAAGCCUUGAUCUUCUGAGGUGCUGGUGCUGUUUCUUGCCUUCCUGUAUCAAAGCUCAUUUUGUAAGUAUUGCAGUCAGGAGUCUUAGUCCUGUGAAGGGACUUUGUUCAACCCUUAUUAAAAGCCCAGAUUUGCUGCUGUGUGCUUGGCAUCCCCUUCAGAAUUGAUGUCUGAUGUUUUAUGCUUCUGAAAUCUUCUAGAACAAGGCCAGAGAGAUUUUCUGAAUCCCUCUUUGAUUGUUUUUAAUUCCAUUACAGCUUGUCCUCGUGUAUUAACAAGGUAAUCUUGUCUUUCUCUUACUUUACUGCUCUGAUCUUUCAGAGGAAAUGUGAUUUUAAAAUGGGACACCAUCCAAAGAUCAUGCCAGGAUGACAAAGGAUAUUAUUCAUGCAAGCAGUGCAGUUCCAAAGAUGUGAUCUGAGCUAUAGUUCUUUGCAUGUUUUUGAUUCCCUUUCUACUCAGAAGUGGUCCACAGGGCUUCCCUGGUGGCUCAGUGGUUAAGAAUCCACCUGCCGGGCUUCCCUGGUGGCACAGUGGUUGGGAGUCCGCCUGCCGAUGUAGGGGAC